GGAAGAAGUCACGUGGCAGUCGGAAAGCGUGACGGCAGCUGCAAAAGCUUCCCCGCCCUUCGCGGCUCUGCCAGGGCUGGAGCAACAAUGACGCAGUUUCCGUUUCCGCCACCUCUUUUUUUUUCUUCCGGUCCUGGAGGCUGUCCUGCCGCUCUGGUGUUCGCCUCCAGUCCUGGUCGUGGACGGCGACAGUAGUCAUGGCGAUGUUUGAGCAGAUGAGAGCGAACGUGGGCAAGUUGCUCAAGGGUAUCGACAGGUACAAUCCCGAGAACCUGGCCACCCUGGAGCGCUACGUGGAGACACAGGCCAAAGAGAAUGCCUAUGAUCUGGAAGCCAAUCUGGCUGUCCUGAAGCUGUACCAGUUCAACCCAGCCUUCUUUCAGACCACGGUCACUGCCCAGAUCCUGCUGAAGGCCCUCACCAACCUGCCGCACACCGACUUCACCCUGUGCAAGUGCAUGAUCGACCAGGCGCACCAAGAAGAGCGGCCGAUCCGACAGAUUCUGUACCUCGGGGACCUGCUGGAGACCUGCCACUUCCAGGCUUUCUGGCAAGCCCUGGAUGAAAACAUGGACCUCUUAGAAGGUAUAACUGGCUUUGAAGACUCCGUUCGAAAAUUUAUCUGCCAUGUCGUGGGUAUCACCUACCAGCACAUUGACCGCUGGCUGCUGGCUGAGAUGCUCGGGGACCUGUCAGACAGCCAGCUGAAGGUGUGGAUGAGCAAGUACGGCUGGAGCGCGGACGAGUCGGGGCAGAUCUUCAUCUGUAGCCAGGAAGAGAGCAUCAAGCCCAAGAACAUCGUGGAGAAGAUCGACUUUGACAGUGUGUCCAGCAUCAUGGCCUCCUCCCAGUAACUGCAGGCAUUUAAUAAAGACUUGUUCACUUAGC